GGAAUCGUCACCAACAUUUUAAACAUAUCGAUUCUGCAGCGCCACGGCAUGGACGAUUCCAUGAACGUUGUUCUCGUUGCGCUCGCCGUCUCCGACAUGGCGUAUUCGAUUUCUGAAACCGUCUACAGGAUCGGCCUCAUCGCAACCAAUGUUGACUUCUCCUUGGGGUACAACAUCCUCAGCGUCUACUACGUCAUUUUCUUGAAUCUGAGCUCGUGCGCCAUAGUGAUCAGCACCUGGCUUGUGUCCGUCAUUUCCUUUGAACGCAUGAUCGCCGUCUCCUUUCCCUUUCACUCCUCGAGAAUUAUAACCCCUCACAGAAUAAAGUGCCUCGUGAUCUCUCUCUACAUCAUCUUUAUUUCAAUGUACGGACCGUUAUUCUGUGGCUGGUACCUGGACUGGUCCUUCCACCCGAGCUAUAAUCUGACCCUGCUCAGAGACAUCAAGUUCGAUUGGUUUAAAGUUAACCCCGGGUGGGUAAUUUUUAUCAGUAACCAUGUCAUACCUGCGAUAGCCACGCCAAUCCCGAUAGUGAUAAUUCUCUCGUGCACCUCAAUGACGGUUUUGAGGCUAUCGGGCAGGGUCAAGGCUUUUGAAGCGCUGUCCACAUCGAGCGCCAAGCGAGUCAAAGAAAUGAGGUCUAUUAAAAUAUCCCUGGUGAUCUGCCUCUGUCUGGCGUUUUCGAUACUGCUCCCGAACGCGUGCCUGGACGCCUGCCUGGCAUUAAAUGACCAACUACUGUCUUACACUCUCAUUGCAUUUAUUCGUGCAUUUACCCAGCUGGCAGUCCAGGUGAAUGCGUCCAUGAAUUUUUUCAUUUACGUCGCCCUGAGCUCAAAAUUCUCUAAAAUAUUCUUGAACGUCAUUCGAUGCACGUAA